CGCAAAUUUCCAUUACAUUUACUAAAACUGUUUAAAUAUUUUUUUAUCUUCAAUCUAAUUUGAGUGCUCUUUUCAAUAAUAAAAUAUUAUUUGCUAUUCACAAACAUGGACAGUGAAAAAGCCCCAAUCGUAUUUAAAUCAACGAAAAAAAAACCUAUACGAAAACGAAAAGAUUCAUCAGAAGACGAAGAGUCUACAGAGGAUAAUUCGUCAGAAAUAAACUCAAAGUUGGAAGAAAUGAAAGAACUACAAAAACUGCGCAAGAGACCAAAUGGAGUUAAUGUUAUUGGUUUAGCUUUGGGUCAAAAAAUUAGUUUGGCUGAAGAAGUUACCGCAAAAGAUCCAUUUAGUAUAAAAUCAGGAGGAAUGGUAAACAUGGCAAAUUUGAAGAAUUGCAAUUUAAAGUCUGACGAUGAUGCUUAUAAUACUGGCAUCGGAACACAAUUUUUUGCAGAAACUAAUAAACGUGACGAAGAUGAAGAAAUGAUGAAGUAUAUUGAAGAGCAACUGUCACAUCGAAAAGGACUUGCAAAGAAAAGUGGCAAUGACGAUUGUAAUUCAGAAGAGCCAAAUAAAUAUCGAACACCCGAAGAAGCUGCUCUUUUAGCAGUACCAGAUUAUUUAAGACAAUCUACAACACAAAGAUCAGAAGAAAUGUUGUCUAAUCAAAUGUUGAGUGGCAUACCAGAAGUUGAUUUGGGAAUUGAAGCAAAGAUAAAAAAUAUAGAAGCAACAGAGGAAGCUAAAUUAAAACUUUUAUGGGAGCAGAGGAAUAAAAAGGAUAUUCCAUCGCAGUUUGUUCCAACGAAUAUGGCUGUUAAUUUUGUUCAACAUAAUAGAUUUAAAAUUGAUGAGCCAGACAAAAAGAAACGUAAACAAAAUGAAUCUAAGGAAGAUACGCAGAAUCCAAAUAGCAAGGCAUCGGACGAUUUUCAUUUUGAGAAGUUUAAGAAGCAGUUUAGACGAUAUUGAGCAUAAUACGUAUACACGCACAUAUAUUUGUAUAUACAUUUAUAUUUUUAUGGCAAAAUGUUUUUAACAACUAAAGCUUUUUAAUAUUUAUACAGAUAAUUUAACCAAAAACGUACACAACAUUAAAACUUUAACAUUAAAACUUUUUAAAUCCAUUCACGAUUAUUUUUUACAAGUCAAGGAGUACUUCCACAUAUAUACCUACUCCAUCAUUUAUGAGACAGUCUAUUUGCUCCAUGCCACGUGUUAAGACGCAAUAAAAUUUACACUGUUAUAAAUAUAUUGAUAAAUUAUUAUUAGUGUCAAUGUCUAUUGAUCGAUUGGAUAUAAAAUUGAUUGGUCGAUUUGAAUAAAUCUUUUAGAUGCGAUAUGAUUCUCAAAUUGUAAAUCCAAACGGUGAUUUUAAAAUGAGAAUAUGCAUAUAAAUUCCUCACUCUG